AUGUCUGCCUCACCUUCCGAAUCCAAAGCCCGAGUGCGUACCCGUACCGGCUGUCUGCAAUGUCGCAAACGCCGAAAGAAGUGCGACGAGCAUCCACCAACAUGUCAACGAUGCACCGAUAACGGCACCUCAUGUACCUGGCCAACAAGAAUCAAUCAACCCAUUGAUGGCCGAAGACGUGAAGCUCGGCGAUGGAAGAAUCCCCCCUCAGCCAUGCCAGAUGAGCACCAGCGGUUAUUCGCCCAUUUCGCCACGACUGUAAUGCCCAGGCUAGUCCGGCCAAAAUGUCCGUCUGAGUGGACUGAUCAAUCGUACAUGCUGCAGUUGGCACAUGUGUUUUCACCAUUAAUGGCAAUCAUGCUAGCCAUCGCAGCGGCCGAUCUCAGCAAGGAAGAGUUGGCGAUGGAUCGUUACCUGUCCUCGCUGCGCGGGUUGCAGGAGGCUCUGGCUGACGCGACCGAUGCGGGGAAUGAAGAUGGCUUUCUUGCAACAACCAUCUUCCUAUGUGUAUUCGAAAAUCUUCGGUCAGAUGGCCCUCCAAGUAUUGGGUUACAUGCAAAGGCUGCCGGCGUGCUGCUUUCCCGACGACACCCGGAAGAAGCAUCGCAACCCUUAUCUCAACCCGACAUGGUGUUUGAACGCACAUGUGCAGAAUCAUUUCUGUAUCAUAGCACACUCACUAUGCUAUUGGACCCCUCUCUCGAUCUUGUCAUCAGCAACAUCCCACGUUGCUUAGUUGACAUGCCAGCCCAUACGUCGAGAGAAGAACAAGAUGUCCCGCAUUUCGUCCUGGAAGAAUCUUACCAUUUCUUCAUCAUUAUCGCAGAGGUGACACGCCUUGCUAGGCUGUCCCGGCCUUUAUUUCCCCCUGAGCGACAGACUUGGACGCGUCUUCAAGCUGAACUCUUGCAGUACCAGCUUACAGGUGCCAUGGACAAUCUCAUGAAGAGCCUUUACGUGCAUACUCUACGAAUUCUCUUGGUCAAAGCAGAUUCUACACGAACAGUCAUACAGCGGAUCACCGAGAUGAAGGCUCUUUUGCAGAAAGGACUGUCUACUUUAGAGAGCUUGGAUGUCCAGAAAUAUCUAAUGGGCUACUCACUUUGGCCCAUGGCUGUACUCGGUGCAAUUGCAUUGGGUGAAGAUGAGCAGCGCAUGAUCGACAGGAUCAUUGAGCCAUGGGCGAGUGGGGGACGUGGACAAGCCGUGCGAUUACGAGGUCGACUGAAGACUAUCUGGGCGACGGCGCCGGACGACCAAGAGACCCCUUUACUGCGAAGAUUGCAUCUAUUGAUGGAAAUGAGUUAA